UUCCGCAGAAUAACAGGGCACUAAGGUGUAAUGACGUAAUGACGUCUCAUCGGGGAUUUCUCUGAAAUCACGUGUUCUAUCGCGAGCGUUGGAAAGAGCGGCCUCCUCUUGUAUAUACCCAGCAUGCUUUGCAGUUUAUGCGGAGGAAAAUGAAAUCGGCCAUGUCGUGUGUUAGCCAGCAGUAAGUUUCUCUGAGUAAACUGCGCGGAUAAGACUAAGGAAGUUCUAUCGCGUGUACUGGUAAAGAGGAGACACGAGAAGGAAGUUUGCGCACCUGAAAGAGGUGUUUCAGCACACAGAGUUUUAACGUGAAGGGACGAAGUCGAUAGCGAGGACGCCAUGAGCGGCGGGACGCCUUACAUCGGCAGCAAAAUCAGCCUGAUCUCUAAGGCCCAGAUCCGCUAUGAGGGAGUUUUAUACACCAUCGACACCGAGAACUCCACCGUCGCGCUCGCUAAAGUGAAAUCAUUUGGGACUGAAGACCGUCCUACGGACAGACCAGUGGCUCCCAGGGACGAUGUCUUUGAAUACAUCAUCUUCAGAGGAAGUGACAUAAAAGAUCUUACUGUCUGUGAACCACCAAAGCCCAACUGCUCUCUGCCUCAAGACCCAGCCAUUGUGCAGUCCUCUCUAGGCUCCACUCCAGCGCCGUCUUUCCAGCCCGUGGGAUCUUAUGCGUCCUUCAGUCGAGCCUCUGUACGUGCCUACAGCCAGUUCUCUGCCCCCGCCGUACCCCAGCCCAUCGGCGCUCCCGUCACGGCAGGAAGUUCAGGGUCCGCGUUCGGUAGUGAGACUAACCAGCAGAGCGCUGUCCCCUCCGACUCGGUCUCUCUAAGCUUGUGUGUAACCGAAGGUCACACAAGUCCUUCUCUGGACGUCCUACGCAAGAGCCCGAGUCUGGAACCUGCAGUACAGCCUGCUCCUGUAGCGCCAUCUGCUGCUGCAUCUGUGAGUCAGAAGACUCCUGGAGGGGUCAGACCUCCUCCUGGGACGCAGAAGCAGCCCGUUGAGAGCAAGGAGCAAAGCAGGGCCGCUGAUGUAGAGAAGGCUGCUCGCCAGGAAACUGACUCGAUCAAGGCGGAGAACCGGGAAGCUAACAGGCGCCCGCAAGGCAUUGCUCCUCCUCCUGGGUUGCGAAGAGGGAGAGGAGGAAGCGGGGGUGCUGGUGGCGGCGGUGGAGGAGGAGGAGGAAAUCAGCGUGGCCGGGGCAGGUUUAACAUGCGCCGAGACGGACCGAUGAAGUUCGAGAAGGACUUUGACUUUGAGAGCGCCAAUGCCCAGUUCAACAAGGAGGAGAUCGACCGCGAGUUUCAGAGCAAGCUGAAAAUCAAAGAUGAGAAGGCGGUAAACGGUGAAGAAAAGGGCGACUCGGGUGUCGAGACGCAAAACAAUGAGGGCAACGUGGACGAGGAGGACACACUGGGACCCAACUGUUACUACGACAAGUCCAAGUCCUUCUUCGACAACAUCUCCUGUGACGACUCCAGAAAAGAUAAACCUGGAGGUGGUAGGGAGCGGAGACAGACCUGGGCAGAGGAAAGGAGGAUGAAUGCAGAGACGUUCGGGCUGCCGUUGCGUCGAGGGCGUGGAGGUUACCGUGGAAGAGGAGGCCCGAUGGGUUUCCGUGGCGGUCGCGGACGCGCAGCCAGUCGUGGCUCCUUUGGGCCACCCCGCGGCGAAGGUGGAUUUAGAGGGGGGUUCCGCUCAGGACGGGGAGGACGAGGAGACUUCUCUGAAUUUGAGUGCCGGAAAGACAACAAGGUGGCAGCGUAGUCCACAAGAGGAACGGCUACAGCGCCCCCUACAGGCUGGAGUUCUCCUUUUCUCCCCCCCUUCCCUAUAGACACUCUGUCCCCCUGUCCUAAAUCCAGCACGGGUUGUCCUACCCGAAGUGCACUCGUUCCUCCUUUAUGCUUCCCUUUCUUUGUCCCCCUUAUCAAUCUUUUUUUUUUUUUUGGGGCGGGUUUGUUUUUUUUGUAAGAAAACAACAAAAGCAGAUCUUUCUUUGAUACAGACGCAGACAAACUGCAGAACAACAAGGGGAAAAAAAGCAGUUAAACUUCGAAACAGUGAAAUUACUUCAGUAUUUUUGCAUCAGAGUUUUAGUUUCUUUCUUACAGAACAAUUGAGACGUAUUUGAUAAUAUUCCUGUUAGACACGCACACGUUAACGCCCGCUGAUACUGUGAGCUCUCAUCAGUGAAAUAGAUUAUUUUUUUCCUUCCUGUUUUUUUUUUUUUUUUUGUAGAAGCAGAAUCAUUUUUGUCCCCUUCAGGGUCACGAUGUAAGCUUCACCUUUACUGCCUGAACCGCGUCUCCGUCAGAGUUGUCUCUCCUGCGAGUGUACAGCACGUUAGGGAUUCAUAUCGUUUAUGUUUAGAUUCUUUGCAGAGACAUGGCCCCUAAAGAUUCAUCCCUGAGAGAGAGAUGUUCGAUUCGGUCUUAAGUUCUCAAGUCUGAUCUGAGGCUAUUGACAUAAACAAAAAAGAAAAAAAAAAAGAUAACUGUUUGUUGAAUAUAAUAAUGUUGACGCCAGCACUCUGGGUUAUUAUAAUUAUUUUCUUGUAUUCCUCGUAUUUUUUUUUUUUUUUUUUUUUAGUGCCGUUGUAGACAGGAAGCGUUCGCAGAACUCUGCUGGGGGAGACGUCUUUCUUUUUUUACGUUCUUUUUUUCUGUUACAAAACGCGUUUAACAGUCACAUAAAACUGAUCGAUUCCCGAGAGGAUGAUCUCGACUUUCUCUCGCCGAUUUUAUCAUCAGGCUCGCCGAUCCUUUUGUCCAACAUCUCCAUCACGAAUAAUCGCCUUUUUUUUUUUUCCCCCGUCAUCAGGUUCUUCAGGGAUUUUACAGCGCACCCUUUAAUAACAGUAAGAUCGGAUCCCCUUAAACGACGACGACAAAAACAAGUUUUUGCACUUUAGAUACGAGCGACGUCAUGACAC